AUGCAUGGAAAAGGAGUUUAUAAGUGGUCUGGUGGGAGAAGAUAUGAAGGGAACUAUGCCAAUAGUCAAAAAGAUGGUUAUGGAAUUUUUACUCGGCCAGAUGGGAGAAAAUAUGAUGGAGGAUGGAAAAAUGGCCUCCAGGAUGGUGAAGGAUCAUGUACGACCCGAUCCAAGAUUCCAAUGAGAGGAAUAUGAAAAGACGGAAAAUUGAUUGAUUGAUGCAUAGAAUAA